GUGUACAUUCACUUUCCUUGCCGUGCGAAAGCUAGACAACAAACUUGAUAUCACACCAGAAGGACUCCGACCCGUAGUCGCUCUCCGUGACUACUGUUCACACCCAAACAUCGACUAUAGCUCGAGCAAAAAGCAGCCUCAGCCGUCAUGUCCAACCGCCCAACAACAGACCGCACAACUAGCGACGCUACCUCGACGGUAGCCACCGGCGACAGCUCCGGCGAGCUUGCCCAAGUGGUCGACGACCUACUCACCCAGCUAAACAACAAGUUCAGCUCUGUUAGUAGCGAGCUGCUUGCGAAGAUGGACGACAUGUCGCGGCGAAUUGACAACCUUGAGUCUACGAUCCAGGCUGGAGACGCUAACAAGGGAUCUGGAUCUAGCAAGUGAUGCAAGGGAGGUCAGGAUUUUGGACACGGCGUAGGGCGAGUUAUGGUAGAGUUUUCAUUCUGAUUCGGACAUGACAAGGACGUGCAGCUUGCCAUUGCCGGCAUGAUCACUUGGAACUAGGGGUUUUGAGAAACAGGUGCACGUAGAACACAAUAUCUAAUAUACGAAUUUCCGAGCAUCC